AUGGCGGCACGUCUCGCAUUCAAUACCUACGCUCCUCUCUCGUCUCCGGCGCCGUCUGCCUCUUCUGCACAUCACACUGGAAUCACAGCCAUGGCUUCCUACGGUUCCAAUUCCUUCGCUUCUUCGAGCUCCGGCUCGCCAACCGAGUCUCCACUCGACAAGGUGCGCGAGUACACGUCCAAGGUGGAGGACUUGAUCGACCAGUACACCCAGCCGCUCAAGCCGCAUCUCCCCGCCCUGGGUCGCUUCCUGAUCGUGGUGACCUUCCUCGAAGAUGCGCUUCGAAUUGUGACGCAGUGGUCGGAUCAGAAGUACUACCUCCAACGUCAUCGUCAUUUCCCUUGGGGCAUCAGCCACAUUUUCCUGUUGACCAACGUCAUUGUCAUGACCGCUGCUUCUACGGCCGUCAUCAUGCGCAAAUACCCCGAGAUCUCGGUCGGCGCAUUGUUCAGCGUGGUCGUGAUCCAAGGGUUCGGCUACGGUCUCAUUUUCGACAUCAACUUUUUCCUGCGCAACCUGUCGGUGGUGGGCGGUCUUCUCAUGGUGCUCUCGGACAGCCUGUCUGCCAAGAAGAACAUCUUUGCGGGACUGCCGAGUCUGAGCGAGACGGACCGCAAGAUCUACUUCCAGCUGGCGGGUCGGGUGCUGCUCAUCUUCCUGUUCAUCGGCUUCAUCAUCCAGGGUGCGUGGUCGGUAGCCCGCGUGCUGGUGUCGGUGCUCGGUCUGGGCGCGUGCGUCAUGGUGGUGGUCGGCUUCAAGGCUCGCUGGAGUGCCAGUUUCCUCGUGUUGAUCCUGAGCGUGUUCAACAUCUUUGUCAACAACUUCUGGACGGUGCACUCGGCACACCCUUCGCGCGAUUUCUUGCGCUACGACUUCUUCCAGACCCUCUCGAUCGUCGGCGGUCUGCUGCUGCUCGUCAACAUGGGUCCCGGUGGCAUCUCGGUCGACGAGCGCAAGAAGGCCUAA